AUGUCCCCGCCACACCACACAGCGGAAGCGAAUAUCAGGAAAGGGAUAUCAAAGGAGGAGGGGGUGGAGGAGGAGGAAGAGGAGGAGGAGGAGGAGGAGGAGGAGGAGGAGGAGGAGGAGGGGGGUGGAGGAGGAGGAGGAGGAGGAGGAGGAGGAGGAGGAGGAGGAGGAGUAGGAGGAGCAGGAGGAGGAGGAGGAGGAGGAGGAGGAGGAGGAGGAGGAGGAGGAGGAGGAGGAGGAGGAGGAGGAGGAGGAGGAGGAGGAGGAGCAGCAGCAGGAGAGGAGGAGGAGGAGCAGGAGGAGGAGGAGGAGGAGGAGGAGGAGGAGGAGGAGGAGGAGGAGGAGGAGGAGGAGGAGGAGGAGGAGGCAGAGGAUGGGGAGGGGGGUGGGGGAAGAGAUCUGAACGUCUCUUCUUCCUUUCUUCCUCCUACAUUCCCCCCACUCCCCACCCCUCUCCCUCCCCGCCCCCCACAAACCCCUCCCUCCCUCCCUCCCUCCCUCCCUCCCUCACUCCCUCCCUCCCUCCCUCCCUCCCUCCCUCCCUCCCUCCCUCCCUCCCUCCCUCCCUCCCUCCCUCCCUCCCUCCCUCCCUCCCUCCCUCCCUCUCUCCCUCCAUCCCUCCAUCCCUCCCUCCCUCCCUCCCUCCCUCCCUCCCUCCCUCCCUCCCUCCCUCCCUCCCUCCCUCCCUCCCUCCCUCCCUCCCUCCCUCCCUCCCUCCCUCCCUCCCUCCCUCCCUCCCUCCCUCCCUCCCUCCUCCAUUCUUCCUCCUUCCCCGCUCCCGCCGAGCGGCAGCUGCGGCAGCGGGAUCGCGUGUCGCGCUUUCUGGACUUUAAUUUCUCCGAAGCGGACGGCUUGUGCGGGUCAUGGGCUAGUGACUACGCCGCAUUGCACAGUCGAAUACUGGAGCGCGCCUUUGAAGAGUAUCUGGCCCAGCAGCACGCGGAGACGACAGGGGAUCAAAAGCAGGAAGUUCCGUCAGAGGGGCCUCUGGUAGUAAAGCCUUCUGUGACAAGCCAGCCGGUGGGGACGAGGGAGGGGAUAGAGGUGGAGGUGCAGAAGAAAGAAUUCGAGGACGAGGUAAAGGAGGAAGCGGUGGCGGAGGAGGGGGUGGGGGAGAAGGAGGUGGGGGAGAAGGAGGUGGGGGAGGAGGGGGUGGGGGAGAAGGAGGUGGGGGAGAAGGAGGUGGGGGAGAAGGAGUGGUUGGACGGCUGUGGGGGCUUCGCGGACGUGCUAGCGGGGCUGGUAACCGCAUUCGUCGUGGCUAUACUCGACAACCGCGCACUCAUAAUCCGCAACGACUGCCUCCCCGCAGCCUUCGAACCCAACCUGAUCAACUGGGCAUCCGGCCCGUUCGUGCCCUUGGAACCUGCGCGGAAGCUCGCGCUAGUGGAGGACAGCGAGGGGAGGUCGGUCCCGGAGCGCGCGCGCGACGGGGAGGUGGUGCGGCUGUGGCUGCGGAAUAAGUUUGUGAAGAUCGAGCCGUUCUUCAAGGAGCUGGAAGGGGCGGUGAACGUGCGCAUGACGAGCAACCGCGGCGUGCUGACGUGGCUGCAGAUGAAGGCGGAGGGGGAGUGGGCGGAGCGGUUCAAGGCGAUGGGCAUGCGCCUCCCGUACGCGCUCGGUUGCUCGCUGCGGUUCCUCAUGCGCUGUAGCCAGAGGCCCAAGCCAGAGGUGCAAGCGCUGUUCCAGAGUAUUGAGCAGCGCCUGCGCAGGAGGCCGUGGGUGGCGAGGGGAGGGCUGAGGAGGCCCAGGGUGGCGACAGUGGGGAUACACAUCCGCGUGAAGGAUGCGGUGGUGUGGGCGGGCGACAGGGGUGCGCCCAAGGAGCUGUCUGCGAGGCAGGUGGACGUGCUUCUCUCUCGCGCCAGAAAGUGGAUCUCGUGUGCUCGGGUGAGUGGGGCGAAGGGGGAGUGGGGCGAAGGGGGAGUGGGGCGAAGGGGGAGUGGGGCGAAGGGGGAGUGGGGAGAAGGGGGAGUGGGGCGAAGGGGGAGUGGGGAACUGGGAGUGGGAAGGUUGGGAAGGGGAGGGUUUGGGCGGGUGGAGGAGUUCUGGUUCCCGUCGUCCCUUGCGGUGCGCUGGAUGCUCAUCACCAACUCCGCGCAGCUCAAGGCUGCCAUCAAAUCCAGGUUCCCCUACAAGGUCUACCUACUCCUCGCCCUGCAACAUCCGCCAGUAGUAACGAUCGGCAAGCGGCAAGCCGUCGGCGCGAGUCAUAUAAUCGCUGGCGAUGAGGAGUUAGCAGCGAGGGGGGUGGAAGUCCAUAGAACCGCGCGUGGCGGUGACGCCACGUUUCACGGCCCCGGCCAGGCCGUGCUGUACCCCGUGCUUCGGCUGCCAGACCUGAGGCUCGGCGCGCGGCGCUACGUGGAAGGCCUGGAGGACCUGAUGGUUCGGGGUGCUGCGAGGUUCGGCGUGGAGGCUCGGGGGAGGGUUCCGGGAAUGACGGGGGUGUGGGUGGGAUGGGACGAGGAGGGUUCUGAUGGCGAAUGUGCAGGCGUUGAUGGUUCAGGUGGUAUUUCAGGUGGUGGUUCCAAUAUUACCACUUCAGAAGGAGGGUCAGGGAGGAAAAUCGGUGCUGUUGGUGUGCAGAUAUCAGGAGUAACGGAUGUGCUUAUAGAGGAGUUUGUGAGGGAGUUUGGGUUUGACGAGGAGAGGUGCAGUGAUGAGCAGCAGUGGUUGAGGUGA